CUCCUGAAGAGCUCCCGCAGGACACGGUCCACACGGGACACAUGACACACAGCCCUCGGCACACCUCUGCAGGGAUAGUGCGGACAGACGCCUCCCUCUCCCUCUCCCUCUUCGGCAUGAAGCGCCUCACCUCUGCACCCUGGGCUGCCCUGGCCCUCGGCCUGGUCUUUGCCUCCUUCCACUUGGCUUGCUUGGCAGAAGUGAGGAACAGCAACAACUCAACCUUGACCACCCAGCACCCAGAUCCCGGAAGCCUAGAGCAGUGCCCCAACGUGGACUUCUGCCCCCAGGCGGCUCGGUGCUGCCACACCGGCGUGGACGAGUACGGCUGGAUCGCGGCGGCCGUGGGCUGGAGCCUGUGGUUCCUCACCCUCAUCCUGCUCUGCGUAGACAAACUGAUGAAGCUCACGCCGGACGAGCCCAAGGAUUUGCAAGCGUGAGGCUUAGACCCUGAGCCCAGAGCACUUCGGUCGCCACCCAACUGCGGGUCACUGCGCGGGAGGGGGGGAGGGGUGCAGCUCCAGGUGUUGUCACCUCCGGGCUGCGGUGACUUCCACAAGAGAAGGAAGAAGGAAAGGGGGAUCCGAGGAAGAAAGGCCAGCGCUGCUCCCCACCAAAAUCCACAAGGCGCUCGUGCGUGCGGAGUCCGGACCGUCUCUGUCUGGAUCCCCUCGCCUCUCCCCAGGGCUCCCGCCCACCCGCAGAGUGACGUGACUUUGACUUUUGUCCGCACGUUCCUCGGAGCUAAGCUCAGAACCUUCUCACCCCAGGCCAUUGUGUUCCAUCUCCUGUUUCAUUCAAGGGCAUCCCUGGCAUUCUGAAAUGUAGGACUCGCCUUUGACCGGCCCAGCGUCCUCCCCCCGCCCCACCCCCUCGUGCAUUGCUUCUCCCGCUCUUGUUCUUUCUUCAACCUUGUCCUCCACGGUGGUCCUACCCCACCGUCCCCGCCAUCCCCGCCGGCAGCCCGGCUCUGGCCUUCCUACAUCGCCCCUGCCUUGCCUCAGGCCUUUUCAGUGCUGUCUUCACUGCAGUCCAGCACGUCUUCCCCACGAGAUCCUCCCCAGGGGUCUUCCCCACGGGGUCCUCCCCACGGGGUCCUCCCCAGGGCCACUGUCAGUGCGGUGCUGUCACCCUCUGUGGACGACCUUCCGUGAAGCCUCACCCCCAAACUUCUCACAGGGCUGGCCUUCCACUCUCCUUGGAGGGUCUGUCUCCCCGUGCCUCCAGGACCAGGCCUCCAGGGAACCUGUCCUUGUCCCAGCAUCUCCCACUUCCUGCUGCCAGGCCCUCCGUCUCCAGAUGGAAGCCCAGGCCUCAAAGUCCUGCCCAAAUGCCUUCCCUCAUAGCCUCGGGGGACCCAGAACUGGCGUUCUUGGGGCGUCUGCUCUGCCCUGAAGCGCAGUCCUCGUGAAUAUAGUCAGGGGAUACUCCGUCCUGCUCCUGGGGCAAGUUCCUCCUAAUGUCUGUCCCACCAAUGAAUGAUGAAUGAAUGAAUGAAUGAAUGAACGAACAAAUGAGCAGGUCCUGGCCUGAGAUGAAUUUAUGACACUCAUUCCAUGUAGAGAACUUCACUUUUCUAGAAAGGGUUGAAAUAACCCAUCUCCACGGAAGCCAGCUGGUUUGCUUCCCGCUUACCCUGCAUAAGGAUGUUACUGGUCACUGGGAACAUGGGGGGAGGGGGGUGUGGGUCAGAGGAGAGGAGAGCGGGUUCAUCAGAAGGAAGGAAGAACAAAAUGACUCUUCUUAUUAUGAGACACGGCGGCCCUGUGUGGUGACACAUGUAUUUAGACUGAACAACCAAAUAAUUAUGCACAAGAAAGUGAGGGGCCCCUGAAGAAGCAUUUCCUAGGUUCUUUCAGAAAAUCUAAGUAGAUUUCCCCGACGGUGGGAACUGAAGGAAUUUUGCCUGGCUUAGUCUGCUCUUUUCUGAUUCUCCGUGGUUUAAUCAAUAAAAUGGAUGGAUUUACUGUG